UGUUUCUCUCACUAAAGCUAUGUCUCCUCAGACACCUGAAGGGAGAGAAAAAAUGACACGUGUGCCUUAUGCUUCUGCAAUAGGGAGUAUUAUGUACGCUAUGCUAUGUACAAGACCUGAUGUCGCACAUGCUCUGAGUGUCACGAGUAGAUAUCAGUCUAAUCCAGGCGAAGAGCACUGGAAGGUCGUAAAAUCAAUCCUUAAGUACUUGAGAAGAACUAAGGAUUUAUUUUUGAUCUAUGGAGGUGGGGAACUGAAACUAGAGGGUUUCACCGACUCUAGUUUUCAGUCUGAUAAAGAUGACUCCAAGUCUAUGUCAGGGUUUAUAUUCACUUUAAAUGGUGGAGCAAUAUGUUGGAAAAGUUCUAAACAAGAAACAGUUGCUGAUUCCACCACAGAAGCUGAAUAUAUUGCUGCAUCAGAUGCUGCAAAAGAAGCUGUUUGGAUAAGGAAUUUCAUUCAAGAGUUGGGUGUCGUUCCUUCAGUUGUUGAUCCAGUACCUAUAUACUGUGAUAACAAUGGAGCUAUUGCGCAAGCUAAAGAACCAAGAUCUCAUCAAAGAUCCAAACACAUUAUGCGAAGAUACCACUUGAUUCGAGAAAUCAUUGGUAGAGGUGAUGUCGUUGUGGAGCGAGUUGCUUCAGCAGAAAAUGUAGCAGAUCCACUUACUAAACCGUUGUCACAAAAGGUAUUCGAAGGACAUCUUGUGAAGAUGGGUCUAAGAUACGCGGGUGAUUGGUGCUAGGGCGAGUGGGAGAUUGAAAGAGUUACACCCGGCGCACCAAUUAGAUUGGUCAUUUUAUUUAUAUGUAAAUUCAAUCUCAUUGGAAUUUAUAUUAAUAAAGGCAUUUAUUUAUCUAAUGUAUUUGUUUUUAAUAACUUAUGCGAUUUAGAUGAAGUCCUUAGACCAUAAAGAGUUAUAAGAUAUGAUCACGCAUAUGAUGGUGAUUAUGAAAUAUGUCUUUAAAGCUUUGGUCUUAAAAUAGUUCCGAGUGAAAUAACUAUUCAAGAAAAGGAUAUUGAAUUGUUGGAAAUAGCUCGCACAUAUGAUACAUACUCAUAAGAUGAGAAUGUUGCGUUUCAUCAACAUUAACGUAGUUGACGUAAGUGUAUAUAUGUGGGUGCUUGUUGGAGAACAAGUACACCGAACUGACCCGAUAGAAAUUCUUAUAUGGAAUUUGUUUUAUCGAAAUAAGAAUUACUAUAUUAUGAUAGUAUACGAUUAGUCCUUUGACUUGAGACACCAUAGUAAUCUUGUAUUAGUUCUAUUUCAUUUUGAUAUAUUUUCUGAUUGCUAGUCAAUCACUAAAGAUUUUAUGUUGGAUGAAAUAUGAACUUAUAUGGAGAUUAAUGAGUGGUCAAUAAAGAAUCUAUUACUUGUGAGACAAGAGAAUUUCCUAUAGUUUUCAUUGUUCAUAACUUGAAGACCUUGGCCAGGGCAUAA